AAUAAAACUCAUAAAUAAUUAAUUGCCCUGCUCUCUCCUAUAAUAUAACUAAUAUAAAUUAUAAUAAAUCAGAGCGUAAUUAAAUCAAAUGUAAAAGUGAAAGCAAUACUUAGAAGCGUUAACGCUUCUUUUAUUAUUUUAAUUUACGUUAAGUUUCAUUAACACUUCUAUUUCUCCCUUUACAUUCGACUUACAAAAAAACAGAAAUGUAGCAAACACUACAUACUAUUUUGUAGCAGAGAAAUCUGCUCGAUUUCUAUUGCUAGUCUGCUGCUAUAGAAUAUGUCAACAGAAUGUUUAUAUCAACAAAAUAUUAACAGAAUAAGACCUCAGAUGAGCGCAGUCUGCUAACAUUUUCUCAUCAUCUGUUACCAAUCUGCUGAUAUUCUGCCAACAUUUGCUAACUGGAUAAAAAUCGUAUAAAAUGAGAACUUGUUAAUUUUGUUGCAAUAAUAUUUUUUGUCACAAGAAAACUAAAUGCAUUUUUCCAUCAAUUUUUUAUCAGGCACGAUAGAGAAAAGCAAGACAGCGUUAUUAUUUCCCUUUUAGACUCAAUCAGAUUUCUUUCCAACUUCAUAUAUUAAUAUGAAGAAUUUCCCUAUGGUUUAUAGUCAGCUGUAGCUUAUAUUAUGUACACCUACGUCGUCAAGACGACGCAUCGACUCUUUCACUUUAGUAAGGCAUACGUGUACUUGUUUGAUACAUGUAUCACUGACAAUACGUCGAAGAUUGCUUUCGUAAAAAUGUCUUUGCAUUCGACACCCAUCCUGUAUUUAAAUAUGGGCGGUGAAAUGUUGUACGUUUUACGGCAGAGGCUGAAAGCGCAAAAAAUCGACAUCGACAAAACGAUACAAGUAUUGGACGACGUAACAAUCGCUUUACUUAAUCCUAAAAUACUAUCGUCAAUUUUCGAAGAAUCGCCAAUGAUUGGAGUAUCACAAUUACGUGUUACUUUGGAGAGUGUUGCUCAUUCAUCCAUCAUGAAGUUGGAUAAGGGUAGUAUGGACAAACUCUUCGACCUGAUGAUCAUGAUGGUGAAGUAUCAAUUGAAAGUAGCCACUGGACCCAGAGAAGUCAUUCUCAUCACUUUGAAUCAUAUAGACGGGAUGCGCGAUAUGGUCAGCGAUGUAAAUGCGCAAAAGUGCGUGAGCAUGGUGCAUCAGAUGGUUGUUAACUUUUACGGCUGUCUGACUUUCGACGAGGUUUGGAAUGUACGGCAAUCUUGCCUAAAGGAAUUGGAACCGUAUAAUGUGCGAGUCUCAAUCCUCUUGCGACGUGGUCUGCAAAACGAAGAUGCCAGCUUCAAUGUAAUACCUCAGAAAUAUGACGAGAAAUAUGAUGAAUAUAAGAACACCUUAGCUACCAUGAGGCUUAGAGAUGCGAGCCCUGAAACAUGCUGUGGAGGAUCCUUCGAUACCUUUGGUGAUAGGAAAACGUUAUUGGGCAAAAAUAUAUAUUUGCCAACAUACGGCAUAAUAGAAAAUACAAGGCGAGACAGUCAACAGUUCUUAAGAGACUGCGGCGCGAAAGCAGAAUUAGGUAUGCUGGCUGUUCAGCUCGGGACUGAGGAAACCAAUUAUGAAAGACCGUUCACACUUAAUUUAUUGUCAAACAUGGACGAGGAAAAAGAUAUAAAUAAUUCAAAUAAAGAAAUUGAUACCGAAGAAAACAACGGAAAACGAAACAACGCAGAAAACGGAAAGCCAAAAUUGAAUGAGGACUACAAGGCUAAACUUGACACUGUAUAUGCGGAUUUUUUCGAAGAUGAACAUGAAAAUUUGAAACGUAGUAUGGAUUUGCUAGACCUUCUUGAUGAAAUCGAAUAACUCGAGAUUUUAACUUAAGUAAAACAUAACAAUUAUUUUAUUAGCAUAUAAUUUAUUUUCCCUAUAUUCUCUUGCAUAUUUAUAUACACCGAUAUUUCUACUAGAAAUAAACAUACUCCCAUGUGAAAAA